GGUAGAAUUCUGUGGGUAGAGAAGAAAAUCUUUUGUGAAGGAACACGUUUUCAUCAAGAUUCGUGUAGUAAACAAAGCAACAGCCCACGCUAACCAGCCAGACCCGCCAGUUUCAACUGCAAGCUCCGUGGUUUUUAAAAAUUUUAUUACUGUGCUUAGUAAAAGCAGAGCUAACAGAUUUUGCAUAGUAACUGCUGUUAUUCUUGGUCUCUUUUAAAACCCGGAAUACGUGCAUCGUAUAGUAUUUAUUGCGUUCUUGACCCUGAGACAGACCAAGGAGUGGGUCGGCCUGAAUCCUGCAUCCACCAGAGAAUCGCCAAAGCCGAAGAGCAACUUGAAUACUGAGUUUUUCUAACUCAGUCCCUAGUUCCGAGGUUUUUUGGGCAUGACAUGAUGACAAGUGAUUCGCAGCCCCAGAUUGUUGGUUGUCAGUCAGGUGUACAGGAACCUGUGUACCAGGCAACACCAAAAACAAGAUUUGCUCACUGCUAUCUGCGGUCAAGACUUGGGAAAUCCCCACUUCAGUCGAGUUCAAGACCUGGGAGGUCGCCGGUUCAGUCGGGUACCUCAGAUCGAAGAACUCCUGAUGUUGUCGUCAAAACAAGUACUCGCAUUUUCAGUAACGGCAAGGAGGAAAAUGUUAUUUCUGGAAAUCAUUAUGAUGUCACCAGUAGUAGCCUUUGUACACCUCCACCUUGGAGGUACACAGGAGUGGGCAGUAUAAGCACUGUUGCUUCAUUUGUAGAUGACAAAGUCAGUCCAGGAUUGGCAAGGCUUAGAAUGACUCCAGGAGCUAUGAGAGAGAAGCAGCGCCAGCUAAUACGUAAACACAAUGCUAUUCGCAAAAGAAGUGACCAGCUGCAAACUGGAGGAGGUGUGUCUUUAUGGCCCAACAUGAAGGAGAUGAGGCUAAGCAAAUCAGAGGUUGUGAAGCUUUCACUUCAAGCAGUUGCACUGUGUAUAUUUACAAAGCUAAUACUACAGACAUUGCAUGGUGACUCUUUCCAAAAGCUACAGAAUUAUACUACCCUGGUACAGACGUUUUGUACCAAUAAUAGUAUAUUGAGGACUACAAAUGAAGAGCAACUUCGGACUCAAGUCUUGCUGUGGCACACUGGACUUCUUGAGUUGACUAAUCAAGUUCAAUCAUAUUUCAAUAUGCCGGUGACGACAUCGAGUUAUCAGCUUUAUAUCUUUAGCUAUCUUAUAGGACUAGGUGUGCUAGUAUACUACCUACUAGACAACAUACUGGCCAAGAACAAGUUAACACCUUCAAGAAUCAGAAAAUGGACGUGCCUCCUGAUAGUCAUUGGAACAUGGACAGUGGUUAUGGCCCAUGGACUCCUCCUUGCUUAUUCUUUGGAGAAGCAAGUCGUAAAGUGUGUGCAAAAAUAUUCUGAUUCAUUGCAUGGCCCAAGAGACGGGGUGAGUACUUUUCGAAACCACGUGGAGAUGUCUAGACAGCUGUGGGAUGGAAUGUACAAAUUUACACUGAAAUGUGGAGGCAGCGUGGUGGUGUUGUCUAAAAAGUCACCUAGUCACAGUUCCCAUUGAUCUCAACAUUUUUCACAAUGUCCUUCUGUACUGGAGAGCACGUUUCCUUGACAAUGCGUCACAUGGAUUGCUACUCGUCUUGGAUGUCAUCAGUGUUGGGGAUAUCAUAUUUUACCUGCAGUAUUAUAGUGUGCCAAUUAUUACAGUUUUAG